UGGGAACUGGCAAGAAUACGUCUGCAAAUAUUGCGAUAUGAAGGGGCACGUUAUUCGUUUCUGCCAGAUUCUCGCCAAGGACGAGAAGGACCAUAUCGUCUUCACGACGAUUCGAGGAGAAGUCUUUGACUUCGAGGGAAAUCUUAUCGAUCAGGAUAUUGAAGGAAGAAGGAGAAAAAAGGCUUUUCGACGGAUGGGCCGUCCUCUUCUGGCCACGUUCCGCCUAGCUUCUCCUGAAGAAGCAAGUCUUUUUGAGUUCGAAGAAACAAUGGCUUCUCUGGAGAUUGGUGGGUGUGACGAAAAAAAGUUGAAGGAAAGGAAAAAAAACAUUGCUCAUCGGGCGCGAGAGGUAACCAGGAAACUAGACAAAUGUCGAGAUUCCAUUGUUCAAUUAUGUGUUGAUAUGGAUAGAGUCUGGCCGAACCUUCCUAAUGUGUUCCUUUUUGGUGGAUGGGGAAACGAAGGUCAGGAUGGGUCUGCACCUGCGGCCGCUUCGGCACCUGAAGCAACGCCAAUGACCCGAGUAAUGACGAUGUCCAGACCUGUACUCAAGCGAGGGAUGCCAACCGUCCUGGUGCAGACGAGGAAAGGAAGGAAGACCUCACAAUCGCAGCCUGCGCCUGGAGAGAGUUCAAGGGGACCUCAGGAAAAAGAACCUAUUCAGAUAGAAGAAGGGGAUGAUAAUGAGGAGGAUGAAAGAUUGCGAGCAGAGGAUGAACUGCUAGCAAAGCAAAGAGCUAUGGAAAGAGCGUCGGAAGCAGGGAAGACCCAGGUCGAGGAAGAAGAACCUCGCAAAAAGAAGAAGAACGUGUACUCAAUUCCUGUUGAACAAGGGAUUGAUUUUGAACAGCUGGUGGAUCGUAUUCUGGAAAGUCAGCGUGAUCUGGUUACCAUGAAGGAAAUUCUUGCAGUAUCGCCAAAGUUUCGCGAGGAAUUCAAGCAAUGCAUGACUCGGAAGAAAGUCAUGACAGUUAAGCUGAGCCUCAUAAAGGUUCAAAUCGGCCGUGAAGAGUUCUCGGCUCGCAUAGACGAUGGGGCCAAAAUGAACAUCAUGAGGGAGAGGCAUGCGAUUGAAGCUGGAAUUCAGAUCAAUCGCAAUGACUUUGGAUAUUUGAUUGAAGUCAGCGGGGCAACACCAUUUUGCGGUACUGCUAGUGGCGUGAUCGUCACAGUUGGGAAAGUAAAAGCGAGAUCGUACUUUUGUAUAUUGCCAAAGGUUGAGCACGAAGUGCUUUUGGGAAGAUCCUUUCAAUGUCGCACAGAGAGCAUAAUCUUCAACAAGCACGACGACACCAUGUUUGUAGCUUUAUGCGAUCCGGUUUGCGGCUAUUAUGAAGUGGUAAAGUGCGCAAAUACCGGACCAGCAAAUUCAAGGAACCGGUUGAAUCCCGAAUCAUAUACCUUUUUAGAGUCUGAGAAGUCAAGGAAGGAGAAAGAGGCGAUCGAUGAAGAAAAGGAUCCUCAGGAAUUUUCGUUGACAUUGCCUAGUAUCUCGCAGACAGUCGAUUUUGCAGCAAGCCAUCCUACAAUUGAUCCGAGUCUGGUACAGGCCCUGAUGAAGGCUGUGGUUGACAAGGAAGGUGAAGGAACCAUGCAUCUUGUUUAUCGGCCAAACGAAUCUCGUCGUCCUUUCAUCAUCGAGACCGAUGCAGGUCCUACCGCUUUGGGAGGAGUUUUGGUCCAAAAAGAUGGGGAAGGACGGGAACGACCAUUGAGGUUCGAGAGCAGAACUCUGAAUAUCACUGAGCGGAACUACUCCCAGUUCAAGAAGGAAACUCUCGCUGUGCUUCACUGUCUACGCAUUUUCAGGAAUUAUGUAUUUGGUAGGCGGUUCAUUCUGCGAGUUGAUCCUACGGCUCUAGCUCAAUCGUUGAAGAACUAUUCUCCUUCUGAUUCAACCAUGGCUCGAUGGCUGACGUAUAUUUGGAUGUUCAAUUUUGAGAUUGAGCGCAUUUUAGGCACUCAGAAUCGAGCAGAUGGAUUGAGUCGUGUUGAUUGGGACUCAUUGACGGAUCAGGCUGAGGACUUAGUUCCUGUCGAUGGAUUCCUCGAAGGAGAAGAGUCACAGUUGAGUAUUAACUCAUACAAUUACUUGGCGGACGCAACAACCCGGAAUGGGAAAACCAUCUGGAAUGCUUCUUGUUUUCAUCAUGUGCGAUCAGAUCUCGUGAUUGGGGAGCCGUUCAUUGAGGAAGACCCAUGGGGUGAAAGAACAUCUGAGCAAAUGAUGAACUUGGCUUUGUCUGAUGAAGUCGAAGAGCCGCUGACGAUUGAGUAUGGGCAUGAGCAGGCUGAUAAGACCUUCAGGAUCACUGGAGAGAUGUCAUUCCUAGUGAAUUCUCUAAUUCACGAGGACCGCCUGAAAAUGAUGAAUGAAGAAGCGGAAGGCAGUGAAAUCAGAGAAGCUUUUAGAGAAGGAGAAUAUGAUGGGGUGUAUAAAUUAUAGGAAUGUGGUUGAAUGGCGGACAUAGAUCGGCACAAGUCACUUUGAAAAAGAUUCAACAUCUUUAUUUUUGGGAAGGAAUGAACAAGAUGUUAAAUG